AUGGCCGACAGCGACGAUGCGUCGCGCCGCCGCGACUCGCACUACAACCAGCAGCGCUCUUCGUUGCGCUCCGAGCGAUCCCACACUCCGUCGCGCCCACAGUCGCGCCCGCAUUCACGUCCCGUGAGCGGCCAGCUGGCCUGCGCUUACACCCUCGACGGCGACCACGUGUCGCCCCCGCAGACGCCCACCUCGAUCCCAGACAUCCCAGACAUCCCCGCCCGCUCCUCGCCCGCGCCCAACGUGCCGCGCAUUCCCCAGCGGAAGCACAGCCUGGACAAGCGAAGGACGAGAAGCCGGAGCGGCACGGGAAGCCGCCAUGGCAGUGCUGGGGGCAACACGAGAGGCAGGACCAUCGAGGAGCUGUUGUUCCUGGACGCGCACGAAGACGACCCUGAUGGCACUGGCUUAAACGAAAUUGCGGCGCCGGCGCCUGUGCAGAACCCUCACGAAAGCCCGCGCUAUGUCCAUCACGACCUGGAGGAGGAGCGCUCAGCGUCCCGACCAAGGACCCGGCCUUUUGGCAGACACAGCUUUGUGCCCGGACGUGCCACCCCGUCCUCCAUCACUGCCCUCCCCGCCAUAGCCCGCCAUAGGCCUGACCAAACCCCCUCGCACAAUCCGGUGGCUACAGAGCUCUACACCGUCUCCUACCUAAUCAUCUUCUCCAUAUUCGGUACGCUGGCACGCCUGGGUGUCCAAUGGCUGGCCUUGUACCCCGGCGCACCAUCCACCUUCCCAGUGCUCUGGGCCAACUUCGGCGGCACACUCUUCAUGGGCUUCCUCUCGCAAGACCGCCGCCUAUUCCGCGAGGAAUGGGGCCAACGCGCCCCUACGCCACCACGUACACCGCCAUCCGACGAAGAGAAAGCCCUCGAGCAGAAGAACAGAGCAGCUUCGCACGCCAAAGUCAAGAAGACGAUACCGCUGUACAUUGGCCUCGCAACAGGCUUCUGUGGCAGCUUCACGAGCUUCUCGAGCUUCAUGCGUGACGUGUUCCUCGCCUUUCUCAACGACCUCCGGUAUCCCGAUAUCGGCGCGACAGCUGGGCGCAACGACGGCUACUCUUUCAUGGCCGGCCUCGCAGUCAUCAUCAUCACGGUAGCAGUAUGCUACUCGGCAUUGAAAGUGGGCGCGCACAUCGCUCUCCUGCUCGACAGGUUUACGCCUACGCUGCCCUUCCGCCCCAUUCGCACCGUUGUCGAUCCCAUCGUCGUCCUCAUCGCCUGGGGCGCUUGGCUCGGCGCCAUCUUUCUGGCGAUAUGGCCGCCCGAUCGGCACGCUUCCAACGAGACCUGGCGUGGCCAAGCCGUUUUCGCAUGCGUCUUCGCGCCCCUCGGCUGCCUUCUACGCUUCUACGUCUCACUGAAGCUCAAUCCCAUCAGCCCGUCUUUCCCACUGGGAACCUUCGUCGUCAACAUCUUUGGCACGGCUGUGCUAGGCAUGGCGUAUGAUCUGCAACACGUCCAGAUCGGCGGAUCGGGCGUGGGAGGCGGCAGGGCGGGAUGUCAGGUACUGCAAGGCAUCAUGGACGGCUUCGACGGCUGUCUGACGACCGUGUCGACCUGGAUACUGGAGAUAGACACGUUGAAGCGGAGCCAUGCCUGGAAGUACGCGUUCGCUAGUAUCGCCGCGGGGAUAUGCGUUCUUGUCAUGGUCAUGGGCAGCGUGAGGUGGAGUGUAGGCUGGACGGCAGUGGCGUGUGUCACAAGUCGUUCGUGGUGA